AUUUGAUCAAAGAUCAUAGUACUAGCAGGCGAUUCAGUGAGUUGAAUUAUUUGGUGUGCCUCUACAUCUAAUCUUCACCAUCAUACACUCAUAAAGUGAUGUGUCAAGACUCAAAACUCCUGACUACAGGUACGGUACGCCCGCUUGAAGCGUGGCUACGGUACAGUACGGGUAAUCAUUACGAAUCAACCCUGGUUUGCUUUGUUAGCACCGAACUUAGUGGGUAUUACACAUCAUCUUCUUUCACUUCAACCUUCUUAUAUUCUUCCUUUCCUCUCCUUUCCUCGUUCUUGUCAUGUUUAUCUUGUCUUCUUCCCCAGUUUACUCUUACUUCAUCUUUUAUAUAUUUUGUAUUCUUCUCUUUAUCUUCCUUCUCUGUUUUGUUACUUUGUCUGCCUUCCGUUGUCCCAUGUAUGUCUAAUGCAUGUGUCACCUUGUCGGACAAACCAGGGCUGGAUUGUCGUUUGUAUACCAAAUCAACCACUUCCAGCUGUCCAGCCUCGCUCUCAGUGAGCUUUGAAGGAUCCAAAGAGUCAAUGGGAGGAAUAAAGAUGGGAGUAUGUAGAAGAGUGUAUGAGGGAGACGGAUGUGAUACCGGAAGGUAUCGCGCAGGGUUAGGGCUAGGUGUUACACCCCACCAUUGGUGGGGUGGUUGUUUGUAUGUAGAUAAGAUAAGGCUGCCCCACUCUGGAUGGUGGGAUAUCUCCCACCACUGCAGUUGCUGCUUGCAACUACCAGAGGACGACAACCUGACUUUUCCCCGAAUACAUGGCAUUUGCCCUUUUUUCCCAGCAUACGGCUCUUUUCCGUAUCAGGAUGGGAGGGCCAUUAUGCCUUACAGACACCUGGGUACGUUGUGCGAAUGUAGAUACCUCAAAUGCCCCAAUAUCCAUCACCAUAUAGAGCUCAUUGAUGUAUUCUUCCCCGGGUAUGGACGCUUGAGUCCGCUACCAGGGGCUCCUUUUCAUAUAAGACGAAGAUCCAGCCUCAAGGCGGGUCAAUGAUGAGAGAUAAAGUAAGGUAGGAAAGUGCCCACUCAAGGGGUAUCGUACAAAUACAUGUAGAACACAAUCCCUAUUUCUCCCCGAUCAAGCAAGUGUCGUUCAUCAAAUCCACUAUCCAUUCAUCGACUAUUACCGGACCGAGUCCCGUCGUCUCUCUCCCCCUGCAACUGUUCUUCAGUUCUCGCAGCCGGACUCUGGCCCCUAGUGAUAUUCCCCUCUCGAUGUCUGGACAAACCCCG